CCCUGGGCUGUCAUGCCAUCAGCAAUACAUUCAUUGUCGUCGUCGGCAGCAAAGAUGCGAAGGAAUCGAUGUUUUGAAUGUUUCAAGAAGACGAACAUACAGAUGACAAUGAUCAAUUUUAUUGUGCUGUCAAUUAUUUUCUGCAUCAUUAGUAGUAAAAAUGGGUCCUUUAAAAAUUUUAUUGAUGCUUUUGUUAUUCGGGAACAGAACACUGUAAUACGGCAGUGUCAAGACCAAUCGGCUGCUAUGUUUGGCAGUGAUGCAUUCAACAUUUGCCGGUCACGUAGGGGUCUCAACACUGGCAAAGGCACUGAUUUACGCAACAUACGUCCUAGGAAAGUAGUAGCAUCUCAGGGGACAAUGCUGUUUGAAAGUGUUGUCACAGACGACGACGUUGUCACAGGCAGAGAACAGAACCAAAUUUUAUCGAAAGAGCCAACCAACUCGAGUUUGCCGACGUCUUCUCAAUCGAAGGCGUCAUCCACAAGUUCUCAAAUUCAAGUGGUCAUGCCGAUGGAUGAGAAAUCAGCCGAGCCAUCUACGAACACCGCAACAACAAAUAUCUCUGGUAAAGCUAAUGACAUGACCACCCACGACAAAACGGCGUUACUAGGAAAGAUGAAAGAGAAGAGCGCCGAGAAAGACAAUGCAGACCUUCCCCAUCCUACCGCUAACGGGGGUUACUCACAUACGAAGGCAAGUCGCGCAAAAAUUUCUGCAGCAAACAAAGGCAAGACACCGUGGAACAAGGGCAAAGCAAGAUCUCCAGAGGUAAGAGCACGGAUUGCUGCUGGUGUACGGGCGAGGAAUCGCCAAGUCUUUCUUAAAAAGUUGGAGGAUAUUGGUAUGACCGAGGAAGAAUACGAAGCCAAGAAGAAAGAAGAACGAAGAAUAAAGGAAGCCGAGCGAAGAUCUCGUCGAACUGCAAACGGAGGCUAUCGACCCACCGAAGAAACAAAGAAAAAAAUUUCACGAAUUCUGAAAGAAAAGCAUGCGAAAGGAGAGGUCAAAAAACGUGCAAAACCAGAUCCGAAUAGAGUACGAAGAGGCUUCACACAUUCGGAAGAAACUCGCAAGAAAAUUUCCCAGUCUCUGAGGAAACGGUGGCAAAAUGACAAGCAAUUUCAGAAGAAAAUGAAAGAUUCAUUCACAAAUCGUGAAGAUGUUCGUAAAAAAAUAUCUGAUUCAUUGAAGAAAAAGUGGCAAGAUCCAGAAUUUCGUAACGGGAUGAUGGAUAAGAUGUCCAAGCGCAAGUCGGGAAAGGAUGCUAUGAGCUACGAUGAUAAUCACCGGAAAAAAAUUUCAGAAGCUAUGAAGCGCAAGUGGCAAGACUCAAGUUACAGAGAAAAGACCUUGACUUCCAUAAAAAAAUCUGCCCAAACCAGAAAAGUGUCUUCACCUCGAGCCAAACAAAAAUUGCCGCAUUCGAAACCAUCACCGACGAGAACAAAAUCACCGGGAAUCGAAGAGGUCAAACCCAUGAAGGCGGGUGACAUCCCGAAGCGAAAAACGACAAGAAAACGAGUGACGCGUAAGAAAACAAUUACGAAGAAAGCUGUGAAAGUCGAAGAUGGCAUCAAUGACAGUAGCGAUGGCAAUAGCAAAGUAACAGCGAUGACAGCAGUAAAGAAUGUGAGAGGCAAGCGGAGCAAAAUAAAGGGAGUGACAUCGUCUGAAAAAUCUCCCAGCGUCGUUAGUUCGAUUGGCGACAAAGGACCUAUUGCAUCAAAGGAGAAGAAGAAAACCAAGAAGAAGAAGAAGAAAGAAAAGGAUGGAAGCGUUACGCGUCUGAKGGAAGAACGACGAGAUCUCUUCGAUUUAUUGUACGGUGACGAAGACGAAAUGAAUGAUGAUGAGGAACAGAAUCUUGGGAAACUCUUAUCGGAUUCUUCAUCAGAUAAGAUGGAUAUUCUUUUCGGCGAUGAAGAUUUGGAUGCAUUCGAUCCAUAUGGUUUAGACGACUAUUGAUGAAUCUAGUUAACAGCAAAAUGUAAUGAUAAAGCAGUUGUCUAUUCAUCAUUGCAAAUCGACAUCAACUUUUUGGAUUUAUAGCUUUCAGUUUUGUCAUGCAAAUAAAUAAUUUUAAUUUUG